AUGGCUCCUCUAAAGAGUCUGCUGCGGCCCUGGCAAAAGGACGACAAAUAUGACCAGAGACGAAGAGCCCCGUCUUCCUACGAUCCCCUCUAUUCCUACCGAUUAUCCCGAGGCGACACCAAACAAUACCACCAGCAAUUCGGUGACAUGUACUUUUUGCGCCUGGCCAAGUUGAAACCCGUGGUGGAGAAGAUUGCUGAAGAAGACUGGGCCGACUUCGAGAUCGCAGGAGAAAAGGCACAGAGAGUGGACAGGGUGCUAGAUGUCCGUCAAGGCCAAUUGUGCUGGGUUGUGGGAACAAUCUACAUGGACAUGCCUCUGAAACCGAACAUUCUGGAGGAUAUAUCGAAAGAGCACUGGGUUGCAGGCGCACCACCGCGACAGUCAUACUUGACUGCAGAUGGGGAAACACAGAUCAUGCUGGAGGACGAAUCUGGCCGACUUCGAUUAGCAGGAGCAACCCUAAAAAGCAGCUUGUUGGUCACCGGCGUCAUUGUCGCUGUGCUGGGUACCGAAACCGCAAAUGGAGACUUUGACGUGCUGGAUCUACACAUCCCUGACCUACCGCGACAGCCCAAGAGAUGGGAACGGGACGAAGAGGAAGACACACGAAUGCAGGUCGAUCAACAACGAAAGAAGAUCGCUCUCAUCAGCGGGCUUGACUUUUCCGAGACCGAGGCUGACACACUGAAUGUUUCACUUCUCUCUGAAUUCCUGCUUGCAGAGGCCUUGGACGAAGACGAUCGGGAGGAAGCCAGCAAAAUCUCUCGCCUCAUAAUUGCGGGCAAUUCUAUCGCGUCCGACCUGCUUUCAGGUCAUCAAAUGUCGAUUGAAGACGGCAAGAAGCCUGGAAACCGCAGAUACGGCUACGACGCGGCUUCGUACAAUCCCACACCAACGUCCCAUCUCGACCAGUUCCUCGCCGAGCUCCUCCCCAGCAUCCCAAUUACAAUAAUGUCAGGCGAACAAGACCCCGCAAAUGCAAGCUUACCGCAACAGCCAAUCCAUCCAGCCAUGUUGCCGCACUCUCGGGCUUACGCCACCACUAAUAUCGCCGAGCCAGAAGAAGAGGAGCCAGGAUGGCUGGACAGUGUGACGAACCCUUGGGAUGGCGAUGUGGACGGCUGGCGAUUCAUGGGCAACAGCGGCCAGCCUGUGGACGACAUCCUCAGGUACGUGGACCUUGGGGGUCCGGAAGGGAAAGGGGCAGACGGGAGAUUGGAGGUCAUGGCGAGCAUGUUGCGCUGGCGAUGUGGCGCCCCAACCGCUCCAGAUACCCUCUGGUGCUAUCCAUUCCAAGAUCGCGACCAAUUUGUCAUUGAAGAGUGUCCGCACGUCUUCUUCGUGGGAAACCAGCCGAGAUUUGAUACUACGGUCAUUGACGGUCCCGACGGGCAGCAAGUCCGACUCAUCGCGAUCCCACGUUUUCACGAAACUGGAGAGCUUGUGCUGGUCGAUUCCGAGACGCUGGAGGUUGAGGUAGUCCGGUUUGACAUUCACGAUCCUGCUUAG